UUGUUUGUUUUUUAGAGGUGUUUUCAAACUCCAGCAGAGCUGGAAGCAUGAGUGACAGGAAGGAAAUCUGCUGGUUUAUUUCCAUUUCAAACUUGGGCUGGGGCAAAACUGUCUCUUCCUCUGUCGGCUGAUAAAGCAGUGCCACGGCGAACAAUGGAAUGAGUAGGAGGCUCUGCCUGACGGGCUCGUCUGAGCAGGAAAAUGUCUCAUUCGAGGGAAAUCUCCAGUUGCUCGUUAAACAGCAGCGUCUGCCCAAUGGGAAGUGAGCCAUGUGUCAGGGGAGCAUGUUGAGAGGAUAGUAACAGAUUAGCAGGAGAGAGGGGUUCGGCACGGAGGGAAGGCGUAGAAAUUAAUUAAUUCAUUCCCCAAGUCCGGGGUGAUGCUGCAGAGCCUCCUGGCAUGCAGUGAUCUUAGAACUGGCUGAAUCAGGAGCAGCACAGCUCUCUGGAGAGAUUAGACUGGCACUGGAGAGACCUGAGUUCCUGGCUCUGCAGUUGGUUGGCGGGGUGACCUGAGGCAGAUUGUUCCCUGAGACGCAAGGGAAAUGAGCAACAGAAAUGAGAAGAGAGAAGAUGGACACCUUCAGCACCAAGAACUUGGUUCUGCAAGCUCAGAAAAAGCUCCUGAGCAAGAUGGCCUCAAAGACCAUGGCAAACAUCUUCAUUGAUGACACCAGCAGCGAGGUUCUGGAUGAGCUGUACCGGGUCACCAAGGAGUUCACCCACAACCGCAAGGAGGCCCAGAAGAUCAUCAAGAACCUGAUCAAGAUCGUCAUGAAGCUGGGGGUACUGUACCGCAAUCGGCAGUUCACCGCUGAUGAGCUGCGGCUGAUGGAGCACUUCCGCAAGAAAGUGCACACCCUGGCCAUGACCGCCGUCAGCUUCUACCAGAUAGACUUCACCUUCGACCGCAGGGUCAUGUCCAGCGUGCUGAACGAGUGCCGUGAUCUGCUCCACCAGGCUGUCAACACCCACCUGACAGCCAAGUCCCACUCCAGGAUCAAUCACGUCUUCAACCACUUUGCGGACUAUGAGUUCCUGUCGGCCUUGUAUGGACCUUCUGAACCCUACCGCAGCCACCUGCAGAGGAUCUGCGAAGGGGUCAGCAAAAUGCUGGAUGAGGACAACAUAUGAACCAGCAAAGACAAGGCCUGAGAGCAAACGUUUGGCUCUUUGCCUGACUCUCCAGGCUGCAUUCUGGUAUCCAUGAAUUCAACAGCAAGACAUCUGUUUUCAGUGGGGUCAGGUCUUCUCGCUCGCUCUUCCUCCAUGGUGCUGAAUGUCUUACUCUUUCCUUUUUUUCCUCAUGAAAACCAAGGACCCUUCACUUUCUGUCUAAAGGAGGUUGCAAUUUGCUGCUUGUCUUGGUAGCUGGAAUCUCUUCACCUCACUUUAGCUCCCUAAUGAAAUAAAAAUGAG